AAACAUGCUGUUAAUUAAUAAUCACGCACUUAUGCGUGACUUGUGAUUAGGUUUCGCGGUUGAAACAGAUGUUACCAGGAACAGGAAAAUAGUUAACAACAUUGUUAUAAGAAAAUAAAAUUGAAAUCGCGGGAAAGAACAAAAACCGGUUUUAAUUAUUUUUCAGUUCUUAAAAAUUGUUUAUUAUUUAAUAUGAAUAAGACAACGAAAGGAAAACUCCAGGUGAUUUUUGGUCCAAUGUUUUCUGGCAAAACGUCAGAAUUAAUUAGAAGAAUACAGAGGUACAGUUUUGGAAGAUACAAAUGCAUUGUUAUUCGUUACACACAUGACAACCGAUAUUGUGAAGAUUCAAUAGUAACUCAUGACGGUUAUGCUAUUACUGCCAUUAAAACUACAAAGUUAGGCUUGAUCAAAAAUGAAAUAAUAAACUAUACUGUUAUUGGUAUAGAUGAGGGACAGUUUUUUCCAGAUGUUGUGGAAUUUUGUGAGGAAAUGUGCGAUGCGGGUAAAAAAAUAAUCGUUGCAGCAUUAGAUGGUACGUUCCAAAGAAAACCUUUUGGAAAUGCACUUAAUCUUAUUCCUAUUGCUGAAAGCGUAACAAAGCUUAACUCAAUUUGUAUGAGCUGUUUCAAAGAUGCUCCGUUCACAAGACGAGUUACUGAUGACACUCAGGUCGAAUUGAUUGGAGGGAUUGAUAAAUAUAUGUCAGUUUGUGAAAAUUGCUACAAUAUUCCAUCACCUUCUUGGGGUUGCCCUUUUCAAAAUCCCCAAAAAGUUACCAAGACUGUACAAUUUGAAUUGCUUUGAAGCCAUUUCUCAAGCAAGGGCAUAUAAGGCAGAGGAAAGUUCGACGAGGACACCACGCAGCACACCAAGCUGCCUAAAACGUGGAUCCAUGAGACAAUGGAUUAAAAAUAAUGCCUCGGUUAAACGGGAAUGCCACCCAGGGCAGAGGCACAUGAAAAAUUCAUCAAAGUACCAUUGCAGAACUAUUAAAUCUAGAACUUGUUAAGACUAGAAUAAUAGGUAGAUUGAUACUGGACACUGUUCUCUUUGGAGGCAUAUGGAUAGACACAGGAGUGAAACAAGCUUGUGCAGAUAUUGCCAGCAGAACAUGUCCCUGUUAGUGUGAAUCUCAGGGCUGAAGAAUACACACAGGAGCCCUUAAAAAAGUAUUAACACAGUAAAAAGCCUUAAUUAAACAAAAUGAAGUGCUUGAUAAUAAUGGGGAUAAACAAUGCAAUAUUGGUUGCAGUGCCCAGUUUGUAAAGAGGCUGAUUCCUUUUAUAAUUUAUGCUAAUAUGAUCUUCUGAUCUCAAUCUAUUUUUAAGAACUGACUUAAACAGUAAUUGGGUAAUUGAAUUACCAAAAUUUGCUGGAAAAAAUCAACUCUUGUAUUGUAAUUUUGCAUAUUUUUACACAGAGUAAAGCAACUCAGACUGUAUUCACUAUGUGAAAUGUGACAAGUGAAUGCAAAGCAUCACUUUUUAUACUGUUUUGUGAAAAAGAAAAUACAAAUAUAGUGAAAUGUUUCUUCUA